AUUUGUUCUUACUCUUCUCAAUUCUCAUUCCAUUCCUGCAUUUCUUUCUUUUCUAUAAUUGGAGAUCGUCGUCAAUUUCUCGUCUUCUUCACUGGUUUCCUAUUUUUUGUGUUGCAGUCCGAAGUUUCUUGAGUUGUAAGAAGUAAAGGCCAUGGCGGAACGUGCGCUCACUCGCUCUCAUAGCCUUCGAGAUCGCCUGAGCGAAACCCUGUCUGCUCAUCCGAACGAAUUGUUGGCCCUUUUGUCAAGACUGGAAAGCCAAGGGAAGGGAAUUUUGCAACCUCAUCAUCUCUUUGCUGAGGUUGAAGCAAUAUCCGUAGGGGACAAGCAAAAACUAACGGAUGGGGCAUUUGGGGAUCUCUUAAGAUCCACUCAGGAAGCAAUAGUCUUACCUCCAUGGGUUGCACUGGCUGUUCGCCCAAGGCCUGGAGUUUGGGAAUAUUUACGUGUGAAUACCAAUGCGCUUGUUGCAGAGGAGUUGAGUGUGCCUGAAUAUUUACAGUUCAAAGAAGAACUUGUGAAUGGUGGAAGUGACCAAGAUAACUUCAUGCUUGAGUUGGACUUUGAACCAUUCACUGAUUCUUUUCCAAGACCAACUCUUUCAAAGUCCAUUGGGAAUGGUGUGGAGUUUCUCAAUCGACACCUCUCUGCAAAAAUGUUCCAUGACAAAGAUAGCAUGCAUCCACUGCUUGAUUUCCUCAGGGAACAUCACUUCAAGGGAAAGACUAUGAUGUUGAAUGAUAGGAUACAAAACCUUAAUUCUCUCCAAUCCGUUUUAAGGAAGGCAGAGGAGUACCUGUCCACUCUCCCUCCAGACACAUCAUAUUCCGAGUUUCAUCAUAUGUUCCAAGAGAUCGGCUUGGAGAAAGGGUGGGGUGAUACUGCUAAACGUGUCCUAGAGAUGAUUCAUCUACUAUUAGACCUUCUUGAGGCACCUGAUCCAUGUACUCUUGAGACAUUCCUUGGAAGAAUCCCUAUGGUUUUCAAUGUUGUGAUUCUUUCUCCUCAUGGAUACUUUGCCCAGUCCAACGUAUUAGGCUAUCCUGACACUGGGGGACAGGUUGUUUAUAUUUUGGAUCAAGUUCGUGCCAUGGAGGCUGAGAUGCUUCAACGCAUCAAGCAGCAAGGACUUGACGUUACCCCUCGAAUUCUCAUUGUGACUCGACUUUUACCCGAUGCAGUAGGAACUACUUGUAAUCAGCAUCUUGAAAAAGUUCUUGGAACGGAGCAUACUAGCAUUCUCCGAGUUCCUUUCAGAACUGAGAAAGGGAUUCUUCGUAAAUGGAUCUCCAGAUUUGAAGUAUGGCCAUACUUGGAGACAUUCACAGAGGAUGUUGCAAAUGAAAUAGCUGGAGAGAUGCAGGGCAAGCCAGAUCUGAUCAUUGGAAACUACAGUGAUGGAAAUCUUGUUGCCUCUUUGCUGGCACACAAGUUAGGGGUCACACAGUGCACCAUUGCUCAUGCCCUCGAAAAAACCAAGUAUCCAGAUUCUGAUAUAUAUUGGAAAAAGUUUGAAGACAAGUAUCACUUCUCAUGUCAAUUCACAGCUGAUCUAAUUGCUAUGAAUCAUACAGAUUUUAUUAUCACCAGUACUUUCCAAGAGAUUGCUGGAAGCAAGGACACUGUUGGACAAUAUGAGAGUCACACUGCAUUUACACUCCCUGGACUCUAUCGAGUUGUCCAUGGUAUCGAUGUCUUCGACCCCAAGUUUAACAUCGUCUCUCCAGGAGCAGAUAUGAAAAUCUACUUCCCCUAUUCAGAGAAGGAAAAGCGACUCACAGCCUUCCACCCUGAGAUCGAGGAGCUUCUUUAUAGCCCUGAUCAGAAUGCAGAACACAUAGGUAUGUUAAAUGAUACCAGCAAGCCAAUCAUUUUUUCGAUGGCAAGAUUGGACCGUGUGAAGAACAUUACUGGAUUAGUUGAGUGGUAUGGUAAGAAUUCCAGGCUGAGAGAGUUGGUCAACCUUGUUGUGGUGGCUGGUGACCGGAGGAAGGAAUCAAAGGACUUGGAGGAGCAAUCUGAGAUGAAGAAGAUGUAUGAUCUCAUUGAAACAUACAAGUUGAAUGGUCAGUUCCGAUGGAUCUCUUCCCAGAUGAACACUGUGAGAAAUGGUGAACUCUACCGUUAUAUAGCAGACACAAAGGGAGCUUUUGUACAGCCUGCUUUCUACGAGGCUUUUGGUUUAACAGUUGUUGAGUCCAUGACCUGUGGCCUGCCAACAUUUGCAACUCUACAUGGAGGUCCAGCUGAGAUCAUAGUGCAUGGAAUAUCUGGCUUCCAUAUUGAUCCUUACCAGGGGGAUCAGGCUGGUGAACUUCUGGUGAAAUUCUUUGAGAAGUGCAAGGAAGACCCAACACACUGGGACAAGAUUUCGCUGGGAGGCCUGCAGCGAAUCAAAGAGAAGUAUACUUGGCAGAUAUACUCUGAGAGAUUGAUGACAUUGGCUGGGGUCUAUGGCUUCUGGAAGCAUGUCUCAAAGCUUGAACGCCGUGAGGCCCGGCGCUAUCUUGAGAUGUUUUAUGCCCUCAAGUAUCGUAAGUUGGCGCAGUCAGUUCCUUUGGCUGUGGAUGAGUAGAUCAUUGGUGGGAGCAGUGUGCAAGUGCAAGCUUCUGGAAGUAAGCUGUGGAUGAAAUAAAGGUCAUUGUUUGAGAUUGGAACCACAAAGGAUUUGUUCCCUCCCCAUUCCAUAUUUCUUUCUCUUUUUUUUUUUUUUUUCAUUUUACUGGCAAUGGUUUUCGUACCAAGAUUUCAAGCAUGAUUGUUCCUUCCCAUUUUACCUACAAAUUGUAUUGGUGCUUUUAUGUUUUAUCUUAAUAGAAAUUUCAAUUUUGAGU